GGGAAAUCGCACAGUGGUGGUCACUGGGGCUGCAAACGCGAGUUUCUUUCUGGGUACUUAAAUAUCCUGCUCGCUAGCCCUGCCAUGGAGACUUCGGAUGAUCAGAAAGACGCCACAACUCACACGCCAGACGACGCUGCACUUGAGAAAAAGCCAACGAAAGAGAUCGUAAGAUGAGGCACCGCGAGAAAGGAAAGUUCGGCGCCAUUAAAAAAAGCCAUAAGUUGCACACAAUAUGGAUCUAUUCCGUGGCCCGCCACAUAGUCAAUCCAAAGGCUAGAGAGGCCUAUACAUACAGAUCCUCUGGUCACGGACCAUGGCAACCAGUGAUCAAAAACAUUGAAUUUGAAAGGCUGUUGCAGAGGAUACUUUUUCUGAAUGGCCUAGAGAACGAAAAAGCAAGAGAAGAUGGGGACAAAGCUUGUGAAGAAGCAGAACUGUAUCAAACCCCGCCAGGCCGGCCACCGAACGAAGAGAUCCAAAAUCGCCACGGCUCGAUCACCCAGCAGACGGGAUUGUCCGAAGAUGGCAUUGGUCCUACAGCUUCACAUUCAGUCAGCCAGUCCUCGCCCGAGCCAACAAACACAGCCACAGCAGUUAAAUGCACAAGAGAACCCCUGGCAGAAUUACACUCUGUCAUCUCAAACAACCGGAAGCUGACGCCCCGAAAGCCCGUUCGUGCGUCUCUAACUCGCCUGCCUUCCAAGGAGGCCAUCGUACCGGAGCCACAGACUACUUCAUCGGCAGCUUCCAUACGUGUUAACUCAAUGGCAGAAGGGCAGGUUGAAAUGCAGAAUCAUCACAAUCGCGUGGAAGCAUCCUCUGCUGGCGCAAGACCUGCCAUGAAGCAGGCGAGGCGUCAUAGUGAUCGAAUCAGCCGCAAGAAACGGUGUGCCAGUCUGGAAAAGGAGUUCAAGCGACUGUCACGGAUACAGCAGAUACAUGAGCAAUUGAAUGGGACGAGGACCCAAGUGAGGUAGAAGAGAGUGACUUCGAAAGACUCGAUUGCACCAUCACUCCAUAUCCGAGCCCUCAAGCAAAUCAAACUCGCUCCUCCGAGUGCUGGGUCCGCUUCAGAUGCUUCUGAGGGGACAACUGUUCAGCUCCGAUUUUGUCAAGCAGGUCACAAGUACGGUAAAGCUCAGGGACGUGAUCUUGUGGGCUCCUAUUCAACCAUACGCUCUUACUACCUAAUUUUACUGUCCAAGUUCCUCACUCUCAGUGUAUGGUAUGGCGUCGAAAUGGAUAACCUGUGUAUUGAACCGAGCCACCAUGAAAGUUAACGACCUUUCAUCGGGUGUUAUCAGACCAAGAUGUGAACAAACGUCGUCAUUCCCGUCAUUAGUAGAGCCGAAAAGAGAGUAGCCCAGCAGUAGCCGCCGACCGGGCCCUGAUCAGCCCUGAUCUCGGAAGAGAGGUCUUUCGACUUGGAGUAGAGAAGG